AGCUUCAACCGCAGCAACAACAACAACAAGAACAACAGCAACAACAACAACAAGAACAAAGCCUGCAACACGCCGAACUGAAUGUUUUAUUUGCAAUUUAAUACAAUUAUUUAUACUAACAACAACAAUCGUGUGCACCGCUAGCGCCAUGGGCCGCGGUUCGCUCCAGGCAGAGGCGCACUCUGUGGCCAGCAUGGACGCGCUUCGUGGUCGCCAGCUGGAGGAGGGGCAGCCGCUAGCGGACUACGACUCCUCAAUGCUGGCUGCAGCUGCAGCAAGCGCCGAGGCAGCUGCAGUUGCCAAAUUGCCAGCGGCAACAACAAUGACAUCCGUAGGAUUUCAAUUUACCACGGACACAGCCACACCCACACACACGCACACACGCACACAGCAGCAGCAGCAGCAGCAGCAGCACAUGCAGUUGGCCACAACGUUACGUGUUAGCCAUGAUUCCAAUGAAAUCGAUAAUUCCUAUGCCGCUGCGGGAGCAGGAGCAGCUGCUGCCUUUGAUGCGGAUGCGGAUGCUGAUGCCGAUGACGUUCAGAAGUCGGCCAAUGAUUACAUCAUUGCCAUGGAGCAGGAAGAGGGGCAGGAGCAGGAGCGGGGCCAGGGCCAGUGGCACAAUAUAACGAACGAGAAAAAUGAGAGAAGAGCGCCAAAAGCAACGUCUGCCGCGCCGGCCGCCACAGCCAAUGGCAGACAACUAAUGAAUGCAAAAACACAAGAUUUAUUGUCCUUAUCGCAGCUUAGUUCGUAUCAAACAUCAACAUCACGAGCACCAGCAGCCGCUGUGCAACGCGAGAAGAGCGCAUCAAGUCUGAAAAACUCCAUCAGCUUCGGUGGCGCCGCAGCUGGUGGCACAUUUCAACAAAUUGGCUCGCAACGCGUCAAUGGAAAUGUGCCAGCGACCACAAUGGCCAGCACUGAGGGCUCCAGCGGCCAACAGGUCGCUGGCAAUGGCUCCCUGGCAAUGCCAACCCCAUCGACUGCGAGCGGAGCGGAUAAGUCUCCUGUGCGCACCUCGGCCAAGAAGGUGGAAAGCAAAUAUAUUCUGCCCAAGCAGCAGAAAACCGAUGCACCCAUGCUCAACUAUAUCUUCGAUACCUUCUCGGCGGCUAACAAACAUCAUCAUCACGAUCAAAGAUAUGGCCCCCAUUUUGAGGACGUGCAGCGUGUCGGACAACCCACAAAUAUGACUGUACAGGCGGGCAGCAGCAUUCAUUUAAAUUGCAGAAUUUCAUUGCUCCAAGAUAAGACUGUCUCCUGGGUGCGUCGUAGUGCGCAAAAUGAGGAGAACGCAUUGGAUUUACUGACUGUUGGCCUGCACGCCUACACAGGUGAUAAGCGCUAUAAAAUGGAAUUUCAGUAUCCCAACAACUGGCGACUGAAAAUUAUAAAUGUUAAAAAGGACGAUGAGGCGACAUACGAAUGCCAGAUCUCAACGCAUCCGCCCCGCGUUAUACAAAUUAACUUGCAUGUAAAUGCGCCAAAGGUGAUGAUUGUGGAUGAAUACGGGGAUCCCUUGCAGGAGAAAUACUAUGAAAUUGAUUCCACGCUGCAGCUGUCCUGUGUGGUGCGAAAUGUGGCUAUGACAAGCUCCGUUGUUUUCUGGAAGCACAGCGAAAAUGUACUCAAUUAUGAUGUAACACGAGGUGGUGUAAGUGUUAAAACUGAACUGAUGGAAGAUGGUGCGAAUUCCACUUUGUCCAUUGCGAAAAUUCACAAAGCUGAUUCCGGGAACUAUACCUGCUCCAUAAGCGAGUAUCAAAAUUUUACGAUAGUGGUGCAUAUACUAAAUGGUGAAAGUUUUGCUGAGCUGCAUCAUGGUGGUGCAGGGGCGGCACAUGCCACUUGGCAAUAUAUAAUCGGACUAUGUUUCCUGCUGCUGCUUCGGUGGACCGCCAGUAAGAACGUGUUUACAUACAGGUAAAGUUAACAAACUGAACACCAAACGCCUAAUUUUAUAUAUUAUAUAUAUGAAAAAAUAUGAAAUAGGCAUAAAUUGUUCUCCUGGUAGUCUUCUUGUGUACAUUUUUGUUAAUUAAUUGUAAAGAUUAUGGAAUAGACACAUAGCGGGAAGUUAUUAGAAAUAACUAAAAACUAAGUUAAAAUUAAAACGAAAUAAGUUCAAAAAAAAAAAAAAGAAAACUAAACUGAAUUGUUGUUAUAAGCAAGUGUACUGUAAGUAAAUGCCUAUUUAAAUCAUAUAAUGUACUGUCUAUUCGUUUGAUAUUCGUUAGCAUCUAUUUGUACAUGUAAAAGCACACAUAAUCUUAAUUAAAUUAAUAUAAGUCAAAUAUUUGCGUUUGGCGCAAAUGAUGCCAACGAAUUUCUAUACAAACAAUGAAGGAACCCGCAUAUGAGAAUUAAAAGAACACAAUUUAAUACAGGAAUGUAAGAUAACAUAUGAGCAAAAGAAUCUGUGCUGGGCUUUUAUAAACAAAAUAGAACUUACAAUAUAAGUCCCAACACCGAGGUAUACACACAGUACUAUUGCAAGAAUACCACAGCAUAAACAUGC